UUAACAGCAGGUUGGGAUGAACUCGAGUGCCAUCGUGUUUAUAACUUCUUAUGCGAGCUGACUAACCUCCCCCGCAAGAUGCAGUCUGUUGUUUGUGGCAAGCCAGGAAGUGCCCCAAAACUGGAAUUAAGGAUCAGACUUUUCUGUAGGAAAGUCCUGCUUGAUCAUUGGACACAUCGAAGUGAUUCUGCUUUUUGGUUGACGCGUAUAUUAAAACCAUGGCCAAUGGUGAAUCAGGCAAGAUUAUUGUAUAUAAUUUUUGGACCAAUAUCUCCUCAAAAUGGACAGGUGGUUUGGCAGAAAAUGAUAGAAGAAGCUACAGAUGAAUCCAGUCUGAAGGGUUUAGCUGAUGCCAUUAAAUUACUAUAUGACACGGGCACCAAAGAGUGGACAGCAGAUGAUGUUAUCAGUCUGGUAGAUGAACUGUCAGUGGUUCCCCAUGAGUGGCUUCUAGAGAAUAAUGCACAUCUCCUAAUCCUAAGUGGGAACAACAUCUGUUUCACUUUCAUGGCCAGUAAAGCUGUGAAUGGACGGGCCACUGAACUGGCAAGGCUGAUAGUCUAUUUUGCUUUGGUAUGUGAGAAAGAACUAUACUGUAUGGAUUGGGCAGUUAAAAUGAUGCAAAAAGUUUGUAAGGUAUUUAGCACUCCAGUGGAAGGAAAGAACUUCCUGCAGAGUGUGGCAAAGACAUUUGCAUAUGUUAUACUGGAAAUACUACAAUCACUUAUGUCUGGAGACCGUGAUGAAGACGGCAGAAGCUUUAUGAAUUUGUUCCAUCUUGUGCAUGCUCAGGCUAACUUCCAUAAGGAGGUCUUGUAUUUGGCCAUGAAUACUGUCUCUACCUAAAUGCUCAGAAUCUCUUGCAUUUAGAGACUACCUCGCUGAACUAACAAUUAGAAGAGCGAUACUUUUCCACACUCAAAGAAUAGCAUCAUGGGACUUUUUUUCACCUAAGUAAUCUAAUAAUUCAAAAACUGCAUAGAAUUUUAGAAGCAAUUUAUUAAUAUAGAAUACAAGCAAACCCAGAAUAUAUUGAGAUUUCCCUGGAAAGCAAUCUAUGCCUCUUUAGAUUUUGGUAAACCUAACACCAAACUAAAUGGAUCAUUAGUGUCCAACAGUCAGGACCAGCCAACCUGUGUGGAUGGAUCUUUGAAGCAAGAGAAAAUUCUGUUUAAUAUUAUUAGAGUUAGAGAAGACCCAAACUAAAUUGUAUGUAUCUGUUCACUUUGUUUAAGUUAUAUAGUAACCUAGAAUGUUUGUGAAGAUUCCAAUAUGAUGUUUUAGAAUGUACAGGUGUAAAUGCAUUUUUGACCACUUUCUUGGUAUAUGAUUGCAAAGAACGUUGUAUUUUGUUCACAUUUUGCAUGAACUAAAAGAUAACCAAAGGAAGAAUAAUGUGUGGAUGUAUAUACACAGCCAUCCAUAUAUAUGUCUGUCUAUACACACACACAUUUCCUUCUUUAACACAAAUCAUACAAAAAGUCUAUAAAGGGAAGAUAAAUAUUGUCUUAAUACAAUCAAAUCAUCUUUUAUUCUUUCCUGGGGAUUAGAGUAAAAUGUUGCAAAUAAGGGAAUAUAGAAAAUGAAAUAAAGUACUUACUCUGCUGCCAGAACAAUCUUCACAAAUAAUUUGCACUUGUUCCUAAAGCUUUUUUCCCUGUCUUAAAGAGUGGAACUUGAUGGAAACUGGAAGUGUGGAUGGUUAGAGUAGCCCAGAGAGAGUGGGUUUUUCUUCACUCAAGUAAAUGGAUUCCAAGAAGCUCCAGGACUAUUUCAGCCUAACUAGCAUCUGCCAUCACUACCUUUAUUAUUAAAGUAGAAAGUAAUAAUGCCUAAUGGGGCUGAAUAAUGCUGGAGCCCUCCUCCAGCUGGAGCAUCUCCCAUUUUCUUCUCCUUGGGUUUGAUCAUUUUACUUCUGAAGACACACCCCUUCCCACUAACUUCUCAGAGGCUGGCUUUUCUGAAGCUCUUGACUUAACUCACCUCUGGAGCUGAUGAAGGGAAGAAAUACUAGAAGAUACAGAGAUUACCCACAAAAGUGGAUAUUAAAUAUAAAUAUUAUAAAUUGUGGAAAAUUUUCAAGUGUUUGGCGAGAGGGGCUCAGUAAGAGAUUUAAUAGAAUUUAGGAAGAGUGAAUAUUGUGGAGAAAAUAUGAAUUGUGAUAACAAGAUUUUACUAUAUUUCAAUAGCAAAAGCACUUCAUUUUUGGAGGGUCAGAUAUUAACUGCCUCUCUUUGAUGGAUGUCCAAGUGUAAUUCCAUGAAUGGCAAUUAUUUUUUCUCCAGAAUGUAACAUUUGCAUAUGUAUGCAAAACCAAAGUCCUUGCUUUUAUUCUGGUUUCAUUUUCUUCCUCUCAAUUUAAGAAUUCACCCACAACUAAAUUAUAAAAAUUAAAAGUUGGGAGAUACCAGAGUAUAAAAUAAUGCCUUAAUUUUCUUUUUUUUCCCCCUCUCUCACUCUUUUUUCCCAUACAUGCUUUGGAAAGCCUAAUCCAUUUAUUUAUCAAAACUGGUGAUUCCAAGUUAAUAAUAUACCCACAUUAGAUUAUUUAGGGAAAAAAGACAAAGGGAAAAGUAAAAACUUUAACUAAAUAGUGAAUAUUUUUAAUAUUUUCUAAAUAGAUGUUUCAAUUUUCUCAGAGAAAUAAGUUUGGUACUGUGACAUUGCCUUGAAUUCCUUGAACUAUCUAAGUCUCCACAGCAGUUAUUUUCAGCAAGUUUACAAAAGAAGCAUUUAAU